GCAUUGCCAAUUCUGUCCAACGCGUGAACACAUUUUGCCUGUCAAUCAGCUCAAUUGCAUCUUCUUUGCUAUUAGCUUAGUUGAGAAGAUCUCUAGAAGCAGGAUUUACGGCCAUAGUCAGGCCUAUCCUGAUCACCUUGAAAAUUUCCCCUCCACACACACACACCCGCCCCCCCCUCAAAAUGCCACCACGGAUACAAACCCAACGGGUUUCCAACUCUGUUCUCCCCUACCUCUCCUCUACCUCUUCCACACCCGCUUCUUCCUGCACAUCUCUCCCACCAUCCUCUACAUCAUGUCCCCACCGCACUUUCUCCUCCACAUCAGCCGCCCAAACACGGCUCCGCAGCCACAUGUUCGAAUGGCUAAACAGCGAAGGGCGAAAGCUGCGAUACCACGAACCAAAUGUCUACAAAUACGUGACGAACCUGAGAGACCUGGCCAAGGACACUGUGCCCCCGGAGCAGUUGUCGAAGAGGCCGUUUCCGCUGAACCAGAAUUUUGUCAGUGAGCCGAUUCUGAGUGAGGAGAUGCGCGAGGAGAUUUAUAAGAGGGUUGCACAGGAUAAGAAAAGUGUGAGGGCGGUUAGUAUUGAAUUGAAGGUUGACAUGAGGAGGGUUGCGGCUGUGGUGAGAUUGAUGGAGAUGGAGAAGGGCUGGAGGACACAGGGUAAACCACUGGCCCUCCCCUAUUCCCGCGCCAUCCAAGAAAUGGUCCCAACAACCCGCUACUCCCCCGACCCCCGUAACCAAAGACCCCACGAAUCCAUCAACGAUCUCCCUGUCCACCGCCUGACGGACCCCCAAAUCUUCUACCCUGUCUCCGAAUCCCGCCAAUUCACCCGCGUCGACGCCGGCCGCGUCUUCUCCGGCGCCCCGCGCCUCCCCAACUCCACCGUCGAUGAAAUCACAAAUGACCCCUCCUCCUCCAUCUCCCGAGCCACCCAGAAUCCUCACCUCAUCGAACGCGUCGGCAAAGGUGACCAGGAGACACAGGUCCUGCAGCCCGCUGAUGCACGUAUCCCGCAUCCCUACCUCGUCGCGCACGAGCGUGACAGCAUAAAGAAGCCCCACGAGCGGGGCGAAAACAUCAAACGUUUCUCCUCACGGCUACAGGAGGAAGAGCGCGCCGAGGCAGAGCGCAGGCAAGCUGCUGAGGAGCGCCGCGAGAAGAAGACUGCCAAGGUUAACCCUGAGGACUCGCGGUUUGAGUUCCGCUUCACGGAUGUUGUUGUAAGUAAGGAGACAACUGGCGCUGACGGGCGUGGGCAUAGGGCUCCUGGGAGGCGGUAUGGUGUUCCUAGUUAUGAGCGGAAGAAGGGUGAGGUUAAAAUUCCCACAAGGGUUAAUGUUUAACUUCUUUCCUUUAUCGUGCUGUUUUAACUGGGCUACAUUAUGGUAAUGGGCUGGUUGUAUUUGUACAUAUACAGGGGGUUUUUUUUUUUUACGUGGUGAACGAGCUGUGACUGUAUUUAUAUCAUGUCUACCAGAUAUGUGGUAUGUUAAGAAUUACAUGUACGAAUAUCGAUAUCUUCAACAUAUAAGUUUCCU